UCUACUGUCUAUACUCUCUCCAACUUCUAGAAAAUUCAUUAAACCACGUUUUACCAUUCACGAGCAAACAUAUUUUCACAAGGAGAACCAAUUUUUUGUCGGUCACAAACAAUUAUCGAUAUGGUACGAACACAGAUAUGGACACCACCGAGGUGGACACGUAGUCGAGCCAGAAAGCUUGAUAGCUUGAAAACCAGACAGAACAUUAUCACAAUGAGACAAACAAACAAAACGAAAACUAAUCAAGUCAAGUCUGAAAAUCCGCCAAAUCCGCCUGUCCCUGCUGCCGCUCCAUGCGUAAAGAAAGAAGUCACGCCUCGACGUAAACCCAAACCAAUCAAAAUUGGAAAAAUGGAUGAAAAUUCGUCAAAUUCGGCAUCAAGUACUUGUGCUUGUCUUACGCACAUAAGAGGUUUUUGUGUGACUAUUUACACCGGAGACAAAUUACAGGACGCAGCUCAUCGUCGUUGUAAAUAUUUUCUCAAAGGUCAAGCUUGAACUCGAGGACGUUGUAAGUAAGUUUUAAUUUUUUCCCUAUUUUGAUGUAGUGUCCUUUGUCCCUUUACAAAUUUUUUAAUUUUUUUGAUUAAGAGUCAAUUUUUGUUAACUUUUCAUCAAUAACGUACCAAUAAAGAAUUCAU